CGGCUCCCGAUAACGGUGCAUCGACCCUUGUACCUUGCAUCAGCGUGCAUGAAAUUGCAUAUAUCCCGCAAAGACUUUCCCAAAGCAGCGAAUGUGCUCAUAAAAGCUUUGCGAAACCGGUACAGCGACGGGCAAAAUCGUGAAAAAUGUUUUGGGAGAGAGUCGACACGGGAAUUGAGAAAGGAGCUUCCGUCUUGGUAUCUCUUUAGAAAGAUUGCAUAGGAGUCAUUUCGAGGGUUGUCACUUGCUGUCGUUUGGAUACAAAGUGUCACUUUGCAUCCGGUUUUCUUUGCUCUUUUGCUUCACAUUUGAUAUUCAUACUCAUCACAUUUUCUGACAUUUGCUCCUACGACGCUUUUGCCUCUUGACACAUCAUCGACAUACAACAUCCUACACGCCAUUCACAUCAUAUAUAUAUAUACAACAGCAAAUAUGGGCUACACACGCGAAGAACCCGUCGAGCGCACUUCUCUCUUCAAUCACCUGGAAACCAUGCCCGGCGACCCCAUCUUUGGCUUGAUGACGCAAUACGCAAAGGAUCCUGCUGAAUUCAAGGCGUCUCUUACAAUUGGUGUUUAUAGAGAUGAAGAGGGAAAGCCUUGGGUGCUUCCUACUGUUAAGAAGGUCGAGAAAAUGAUCGCAGAAGACGCAGCCACAAACCACGAAUACCUCCCCAUGGAAGGUCUCCCAGCCUUUGUAAAAGCUGCCCAAGACCUGCUUUUCGGGAACCCAUCUGCUGCUCUGUCCUCCCGCAUCGGAUCUCUCCAAACAAUCUCAGGAACCGGUGCCGUGCAUUUGGGCGCUCGCUUCCUUAACGAUUCCCUGCACCCAAAACGCAUCUGGGUCAGCGACCCCACUUGGGGAAACCACCAUGCGAUUUUCGACAUUGCGGCCCCGGAGGUAGAGCAGAAGCUUUACCCCUACUACGAUGCCGAGACCUGCAGUUUGAAUUUCUCCGGUAUGAUGAAGACGCUCGAGGAGGAAGCUCAGGCUGGAGACUUGAUCCUUUUGCAUGCAUGUGCUCAUAACCCUACUGGUAUCGAUCCUACAAAGGAGCAAUGGAAGCAAAUCGCCGAUUUGUGUGAGAAGAAAAAGCUCUUCCCCUUCUUCGACUCUGCAUACCAAGGAUUUGCCUCGGGGGAUGUGGAUGAAGAUGCUUGGGCUGUUCGUCACUUCAUUUCUCGCGGAACACUGGAACUCGUUGUUGCUCAAUCCUUCAGCAAGAACUUUGGUCUCUAUGGUCAGAGAGUUGGCGCUUUCCACAUUGUUGCAGGUGAUGAGCAAGCCAGAGACAAAGCACUCAGCCACCUCAUCUACCUACAAAGAGCAGAAAUCUCCAACCCUCCAGUCUACGGAGCCAGAAUCGUCGCUUGGAUCCUGCAAACGCCCGAGCUUAAAGCAGAGUGGGAGCAAGAUUUGCUCAUCAUGAGUGGACGUAUAAAGACCAUGCGCGCUGCUCUUUACGCCGAACUCCAGAAACUGCAGACACCGGGAUCUUGGGAACAUAUCGUCAACCAAAACGGCAUGUUUUCAUACACUGGGCUUUCCGAGAAGCAGGUUUUGGCACUGAGAAAGGAACAUAUUUACCUUUUGACCAGCGGAAGAGCGAGUAUUUCGGGAUUGAACCGCGAUAACGUGGCACUGGUGGCAAAGGCUAUUGACAAGGUUGUUCGUGCUUCUGGGGAUGCUCCUGCUCCAGCUAUUACUGCUUGAGCUGUGGUGGAAGGGAAGGGACGUCAAAGGAUGAUAAUGCGGGAAGAGGAAGUGUAUAU